AUUCCGCCAGACUUCGAUGUAACCUGGCCUUGCCUCUUCUUCAUCUGUCGGUCGGUGCUUUCCUCCCUCUCCUCAAAAUACCUCAAAAUUUGACAAUUUUCUCCCGACACAGUUUCAAAGAACUGACUUGCACCCUCACACCCACGCUUUGACAGCAACAUCAGACCCAUUCACUCAUCACCUGGCUAAUAAAACACAUGAUUUAAUUUCUCAUCGUUUUUACCAACUGAACUGUGAAACCGGUGUGUCGUUUCAAUCAAUUAAAUCUCAUACUUUUUACUCUCUUUUUGAAGGUCACAAAAAGUUUAAAGGAAUGCCGAGACAGAUUGUUGAUUAAAAGUUUUCAGUUUUUAGAUUCAGUCGAUUUUAGUCUGUCGUUUUGGUACUUUUUGGUCUUUAACACUUUUAAAAUUGUGUAUCGAUAUUAUUCAUUCGUCUUGUUAGAGUGAGGUGAAAGUUUAUCCGUUCCGAUAGGGCUUCAAAAUAGGAAUGGUGUGUGGGAAGGAAGAGGAUGGUGUCGUGGACAUGGUUAUGGAAGGAAACGGUGAAGUGGACAAGGCAGUGUCCCCUCCACCUCAGGUGCUUAUCCUCGACAUCGGCUCCCAAUAUUCAAAACUGAUCGACAGAAAAGUCAGGGAUCUGAAUAUCUAUUCCGAAAUUGUACCUAUUACCACAACUGUUGAGGAAAUCACCGAAAGCCGAGCAAAGGCUAUAAUCAUGUCCGGUGGACCGAAUUCUGUGUAUGCUGAAGAUGCACCUGUUUAUGAUAAACGAAUAUUUACAUUGGGGCUUCCAAUACUUGGAAUUUGUUAUGGCAUGCAUGUAAUUAAUAAGGAGUUUGGGGGUUCAGUCGCCAAGCUUGAUGCGAGGGAAGACGGAGAAUAUAUUGUCGAUGUAGAAAGUAGGAGUCGAUUGUUUAGAGGGCUAGAUAGGAAACAAUCAGUUUUACUAACUCAUGGAGAUAGUGUAUCACGCGUUGGAGAUGGUCUUGUUCCAAUUGGUUCUUCUGGGGACAUUAUAACAGCCAUUGCGAAUGAAUCACUCAAUAUAUAUGGACUUCAAUUUCAUCCUGAGGUUGAUUUGACACCGGGUGGCAGAACAAUGCUGAAAAAUUUUCUUUGCGAUAUUGCCAAUAUACCCCCAACAUACACUAUCCGCUCUAGGGAAGCUCAAUGCAUCGAGUACAUUCAAGACUCAGUUAAAAAUAAUAAAGUCCUAAUGCUCUUAAGUGGUGGAGUAGACUCUACAGUAUGUACGGCCUUGUUGAAGAAAGCGCUCAGAGAAGAUCAAAUAAUUGCGGUUCACGUGGAUAACGGAUUUCUUAGGAAAAAUGAAAGCGAUGCUGUGGAGUUGUCAUUAGCCAAUUUUGGUCUUAAAAUUCUUGUUGUACGUGCUGCGAAUGUGUUCUAUGUUGGCACAACCAAUAUCCCAUUGGACCCUCAAAACCCUGCAAAGGCUGUUCCAUCUACAACAACAUCUAAACAACUUUCAUUUGUGUCUGAACCUGAAGAAAAGCGUAAAAUAAUUGGAGACGUUUUUAUGCACGUUGCCGAAAGUGUGAUAUCGUCCUUAAAUUUGAACCCUGAGGAAGUUCUGCUUGGGCAAGGAACGUUAAGACCAGACCUUAUAGAAUCUGCCUCUCACUUAGUAUCUGGAAAAGCUGAUACAAUUAAAACACAUCAUAAUGACUCUGGUUUGGUACGUAAGCUACGUGACCUAGGUCGUGUUGUCGAACCCCUGAAGGACUUUCACAAGGACGAGGUUAGGACAUUGGGGAGGGACUUGGGGCUUUUACCUGAGUUGGUAGACCGACACCCUUUCCCUGGUCCUGGACUUGCAAUUCGCGUACUUUGUGCUCUUGAGCCUUAUAUGGAAAGUGAUUUUGCUGAAACACAAGUGCUUGUUAGAUUAAUAGUUGAAUAUCACAGUAUGGUACAGAAGAGCCAUGCGUUAUUAAAUCGAGUGGAUAGCGUGUGUAACGAAGACGAAAAGAAGAAACUGAUGAGUAUAUCUUCAAGACAACAUCUUAGGUCAACAUUGUUGCCCAUAAGAAGUGUUGGGGUACAAGGUGAUAAGAGAUCCUAUUCGUAUGUGUCUGCGAUUUCGUGUGAUGGCACACCUGACUGGGGUGACCUUAUGUUCCUUGCGAGAGUUAUUCCAAAAGUUUGUCAUUCAGUAAAUCGGAUUUGCUACCUGUUUGGUGAUGUUGCUAAGGAGCCUAUCACUGAAAUAACGCCAACCUUAUUAACACCCGAUGUCCUUACUACUUUGCGAGAAUGCGACAACUUAGCACAUACAGUUUUACAUGAAUCCGGUUGUACUAAGAAGAUUAGCCAGAUGCCUGUUGUUUUAAUCCCAAUUCAUUUUGAGAGGGGACCCUUAAACCGAAACCCGUCUUGCCAACGCUCUGUGGUGCUGAGGCCUUUUGUAACGAAUGAUUUUAUGACGGGCACUCCAGCAAUCCCAGGAAGACACAUCCCAGUGGAAGUAGUUAACAAAAUGUGUCAAAAAAUUGAGAACGUUCCUGGUAUUUCUAGAGUGUUGUAUGAUCUAACGUCGAAGCCACCAGGCACAACGGAAUGGGAAUGAUAAAUUAUUUUUUUCUAAGGUUGGUGUCCGUGUCGGUUCGGUUUAUUAUCAUGUCUAUUAUCACUCACGAUUCACUGCUAAAUUAGUACAUGGGAGGAAUUUAAUAAUGUUGUACAAGUUGUACUUCUGUACUUCUCUUGACUUGAAUUAAUAAUCCAGGAUUAAUCAACAAGCAAAAAAAUUGUAAACAAUUGCUUGUUGACUGAUCAUUUUUUGAUGGCAACAGCUUUUCUAAUUACAAUAAUUGAAUUUAAUAACGAAACAAAGUACGCAAUGAAAGCAUGUUUUUCUUAAAAUUAAACUUAUGCGAAUUUAUUAUCCUUUUUGCAAAUGAUUAAAGUAAUAAAUUAAAAUUGGUCGGUCAUCUAAA